AUGGCUUCGCACAAAACAUCUCUCAAAGGUCCCAUCGCAUUGAGCAAAGCUUCAUUGCCGAGAAAGGUAAUCUUCUGGACAUUUCUGGUCGCGUGUCUUCCACCCUGCUCUAGCAAAAACGAAGAUGAUGAUUAUGAAGAUUUGACACUUAAUAAAACAUGGGUACUGACUCCAAGGAUUUAUGAAAGUGAUGUUACUCUUAUUUUGAACAACUUAUUGGAAGGCUAUGACAAUAAACUCCGACCUGACAUUGGAGUGAAGCCAACAAUAAUUGAUACCGACAUGUAUAUAAAUAGCAUUGGUCCAGUGAAUGCUAUCAAAAUGGAAUAUACCAUUGAUAUCUUUUUUGCUCAAACAUGGUAUGAUAGACGACUCAAAUUUAAUAGCACAAUGAAGGUACUUGGACUAAACAGCAAUAUGGUUGGCAAAAUAUGGAUACCAGACACAUUUUUCAGAAAUUCAAAGAAGGCCGAUGCCCAUUGGAUAACAACCCCAAAUCGAAUGCUUAGGAUUUGGAAUGAUGGAAGAAUAUUAUACACACUGAGGUUGACAAUUGAUGCUGAAUGCCAGCUUCAACUGCAUAACUUCCCAAUGGAUGAACACUCCUGUCCGCUGGAAUUCUCAAGCUACGGCUAUCCGAAAGAUGAGAUAAUAUACCAAUGGAAACAAAGUUCUGUCGAGGUUGGUGACACACGCUCCUGGCGACUGUAUCAAUUUGCAUUUAUCGGAUUAAGAAAUAGCACAGAGUUUGUCAAGACUACUUCAGGAGAUUAUGUUGUAAUGUCAGUGUAUUUCGAUCUCAGCAGACGAAUGGGAUACUUCACCAUUCAGACCUACAUCCCUUGCACCUUGACUGUUGUUUUAUCCUGGGUAUCAUUUUGGAUCAAUAAGGAUGCCGUACCAGCAAGAACAUCAUUAGGUAUUACAACUGUCUUGACCAUGACUACACUAAGCACGAUUGCUCGCAAAUCCCUCCCUAAGGUUUCCUAUGUGACUGCUAUGGACCUGUUUGUGUCUGUUUGCUUUAUCUUUGUAUUUGCUGCUUUGAUUGAAUAUGGGACCUUGCACUAUUUUGUCAGUAACAGAAAGCUCUCUAAAGACAAAGACAAGAAGAAGAAGAAUCGACUUCUUCGGAUGUUUUCCUCGAAGGCACCUACAGUUGAUAUUCGUCCUCGGUCAUCAGCCAUUCAGAUGAAUAAUUCCUCCCAUCCUCAAGAACGGGAUGAGGAAUAUGGAUACGAGUGUCUGGAUGGCAAGGACUGCACCAGUUUCUUCUGUUGUUUUGAUGAAUGCCGCACUGGAGCAUGGAGGCAAGGGAGACUACACAUCCGUAUCACUAAAAUUGACUCGUAUGCCCGGAUCUUCUUUCCCACAGCCUUUGGUUUGUUUAACCUCGUCUACUGGGUAGGCUACCUUUACCUGUAA